AUGGUCGCGUCAAUUAAUGGUGCCAAGUGGCGCACUCUGUACCGCGAGCUUGCGCGGGCAGCACCCGGAGUUGUGUCGGCGAAGCGCCAACCAACAGUUGCGAUACUAGGGAAAAUCCGCCAGGGAUUUAACGAAAACAAAAGCGCAACACAUGCGGCCGACGAUCUAAAGUCGCUUUACGAGCGGGGGUACAACACACUGGGCUUUCUCAAGCUGGCGCGAGAGCUAGAUUCGGUCGAGCGCAGACUCGCCACGGCCGUACUUGAUCUGCACAAACAGCGUCGGAUUACUGAGGAGAAGCCACCGGCAUACAAGCGUCGAUUGCAACCGCUGCAAAAGCGUGUUUAUGAUGAGACCUAUGCCGAAUAUGAUCGGGUUGUCGCUAACAUCGAACGCGAUCUGAAUAUCAUCCUGCCGCGCGAUAAAGUCUCUCAGUCCCUGGAGUGGAUUCCCCUGCUCAAAUCGCUGCACAGGGGCGAUACUGGGAUAGAUCAGACUGUCGAGAUAAAUACCAAAACCUCUAAUGGCCUGGAGUCGGGAUCAGCAACAUCUAACAACUAUUGA